AUGAUUGUGCUCAUCCAACCCAACGAGAUGCACCUGUUCGUCGUAACGAUUUUAGGUGGACUGCUAUGUUCACAAGUUUUUGGUAAUCCUCAACUUGAUUCUCUUCGAAGCGAUCAAGCUGGCUUGAACUCGAAAGAAGUUAUCCACAAUUCAAAGGAAUCAUCUUUAAAUGAAGAAACCCAAUCACAUGGUGUUGCGAAUACGGAUGUUCACAACGCCGAUCUGGAAGAUGAAGAGCAUACCGCUGAAGCCAAUGAUCCUGCUUCAAAAUUGUCUGCGCAUUUUUUUGCUGGUUCCCAAGGAAAAACUAAAUUCUCACCCCCGAAACCGGAUGCAUCUAAUUUACAAAGCAUCAGUACUCGUCACACAAAAAACUCCGCCGAGCCUGCGAUAGGAUGGAAGCGGAGUUUCCGCAAGCCGCGUAAACGUACACAAGCCGACGGUCUUUCUAAACCGACUCUUAAAUGUCCCUGCACCUACAAAGAAUUGAGAGUCAUAAUGAACGUAUUGGAAAAGGCUGAGUACGUCUUAGAAGACACACUGCUGUUUUUGAAGCGUACCAGAGGGCUUGAGAAAACCAUCUCGAAUCUAUUGGACUCUAUGGAUCGCACACUUCGCAACCCUCAACUGAAACACUUCAAAAAGGACCAAAUUGACUUGCACUCGAACAAAAUUAUACACAUCUCGGGCGAGUCCUCUGCGAACGAAAAAAACGGUUUGCCAAAUUCAGGGGAUGAAAGCCCAAAACUGAAAGACAAAACCACAAAUGCGGAUGUCAGUUCCAUGAAACAAAAUAAAUCCUCAACCCCAAACACACACAAAGCUGAUUCCCAAAAACCGGGUAAUAAAAAUUCAGGAGACAACAUAGAUCGUGUAAAAAUAUGGAGACCGAAGUUCGAGGUUUUAGGAAAGCCACCCACAACCGACAUUCCAUCCAACGACCCUGAUGUGGGAAAGCCAUCUGGAUGUCCGUGUACCUACAGUAAGUUGAGAACCCUCGUGAAGUCGUUGAGGAACGCUGAAUACGUCUUGGAGGACGUGUUGCUCUAUUUGAGGCGAACACGAAAACUCGAGGAAUUCGUUUCAAGCAACCCUCAACCGAAAAUCUUCCAAAAGCCUCACACUGGCCUCCACGCGGAUACAGUUGUUCACAAGUCGAAUGAGCUUCCUGUGGACGAACUAACCGUAUCGCAAGCAGCUGUGAGCAAAAAUGCUGAGCAAGAAGAAACCAUCCCUGAGAAUUUCGAGGCCACAAAGGAGGUGUCUGCAAACCCCUCGGUCAAUAAUUCAGAACAAAUUGUACCCUCAAACGGGGACGCAAAUGGGGCUGAUUCACGAAGCCCUAGCAUACACAACCCAAGAUGGCCGAUACAGCAUGCGGAACGAUGGAGGUCAAACGUCGAUAUAUUACUUGAAAACCCGGACCCCGUCGUACUCAACGAGGAUUCGGACGGGGAUCUCCAUCCUGGCUGUCCGUGUAGCUACGGUAAACUGAGAACCCUGGUCAACACUGUGAGGAAUGCUGAAUACGUCUUGGAGGAUGUUAUACUACAUUUGAAGCGAACCAGAAAGCUCGAGAAAGUUGUUUCGGCCGUAUUGAAUUCUGUUGAUCGCAUACUUCGUGGGACACAUCUACCCAUGAACGAACAAACCGUAUUACCUGCAACUGUGAGCGAAAAUGCCGAGCAAAGAGAAACCAUCCCUGAGAAUUUCGAGGCCACAAAGGAGGUUUCUGCAAACUCCUCGGCCAACAAUUCAGAACAAAUUCUACCUUCAAACGGGGACGCAAAUGGAGCUGAUUCACGAAGCCCUAGCAUACACAACCCAAGACGGCCGAUACAGCAUGCGGAACGAUGGAGGUCAAACGUCGAUAUAAUACUUGAAAACCCGGACACCGUCGUACUCAACGAGGAUUCGGACGGGGAUCCCCAACCUGACUAUCCGUGUAGCUACGGUAAACUGAGAACCCUGGUCAACACAGUGAGGAAUGCUGAAUACGUCUUGGAGGAUGUUAUACUACAUUUGAAGCGAACCAGAAAGCUCGAGAAAGUUGUUUCGACUGUAUUGAAUUCUGUUGAUCGCAUACUUCGUGGGACACAUCUACCCAUCUUGCAUACCUGCUAUGUUGAAUGGAAAAAUCUCUUCUGCACAACUUCGCUCGCAAGGAAUGUUCUUACUUGUUUUACAGGCAACCCUCAACUGAAACUCUUCCAAAAGCAUCAAACUGGCUUCCACGUGGAUAACAUUGUUCACAAUUCGAAUGAGUCGCCUAGGAACGAACAAACCGUAUUACCUGCAACUGUGAGCGAAAAUGCUGAGCAAGAAGAAACCAUCCCUGAGAAUUACGAGGCCACAAAGGAGGUUUCUGCAAACUCCUCGGCCAACAAUUCAGAACAAAUUCUACCUUCAAACGGGGACGCAAAUGGAGCUGAUUCACGAAGCCCUAGCAUACACAACCCAAGAUGGCCGAUACAGAAUACGGAACGAUUAGGGUCGAACGUCGAUAUAUUACUUGAAAGACCGGACCCCGUCGUACUCAACGAUGAUUUGGACGGAAAACCGCAACCUGGCUGUCCGUGUAGCUGCGGUAAACUGAGAACCCUGGUCAACACAGUGAGAAAUGCUGAAUAUGUCUUGGAGGAAGUAAUGCUACAUUUGAAGCGCACAAGGAAAUUCGAGAAAUUAGUUUCAGCCGUAUUGAAUUCUGUUGAUCGCAUACUUCGUGGGACACAUCUACCUAUAUAG